CCCUUAACCCAACGGUUUGAAAACCGCAGUUUCAUAAAAGAGAAAGAAACCUCGACAAAAUAAACACAAAAAACUACGAAACCCAGCCAGGAAAGCAGUUCGACGUUUCGCUAUCAUCGUCCAAACACUCAAUUCAAUUCGUAUCAGAGUCUUUGUCGAUCGGACGCUACCAUUAAUAAAUAAAUUUAAUUUAAUUAAAUUAAAUUCAAUCUCAAAAAGGUUUCAGAAUAUGCUGCUGAUUCCGCCAACACAAAUGCUUCCGUGCAGACAUGCUCUGGGAAUCCGUUGACUGUGUUCCUAAUUAUCAUUAAAUCCUACAUUUCAAUUCUUGAAGCCCAGCCCCACAUGCUUGCUUGCACUUUCUUUCUCCCUCACGCCAUCUUCUCUCUCUGCUGCAUUCCCGGUUGCUGGUUUUGAGCGAAAGUCAUUAGGGAGCUUUUGGAUCAUCGAUUCACGAUUGCUUGAUGGUAUCUGAUAAGCAAUCCACUGGUUUGCUUGAUACCCUUAAUAUGGAUACAGUUAGGACAAUCCUAACGCAUCCAUACCCCUAUCCACAUGAGCAUUCACGGCACUUUGUCAUUACUGUGGUCGUGGGAUGCCUGUUUUUCAUAUCAUCUGAUAAUAUGCACACUCUUAUUCAGAAGUUGGAUAGCAAUAUUAAAUGGUGGUCAAUCUAUGCUUGUUUACUAGGAUUCUUUUACUUCUUUUCAUCUCCAUUUAUAGGGAAAACAAUUAAGCCUAGUUAUUCAAAUUUCAGCCGCUGGUAUAUAGUUUGGAUAUUUGUUGCAGCUCUUUAUCAUCUUCCCAGUUUUCAGUCAAUGGGAGUAGAUUUAAGGAUGAACCUAUCUUUGUUUUUGACUAUAUAUGUCUCAUCCAUCUCCUUCCUGCUUGUUUUCCAUGUUAUAUUUCUUGGGCUUGGUUAUCUUGGGCUUGUGGCUCGUAUUGCUAAAAGGAAGCCUGAAAUUUUGGCAAUUCUUCAAAAUUGCACAGUUUUGAGUAUAGCCUGCUGUGUAUUUUAUAUCCACUGUGGUAACCUUGCUAUAAUAAAGCAAAAGCCAUUUGAGUGGAAAGAUUCUAGUUGGUUUUCUCUUUGGAAAGAGAGAAACACAUGGCUUGCCAAAUUUGUCCGCAUGAGUGAGUUCAAAGAACAAGUUUGUAAGUUUUGGUUUGCUCCAGUGGGCUCCGCUAGUGAUUACCCAUUUUUAUCUAAGUGGGUCAUCUAUGGAGAGUUGAGUUGUGGAGGCUCAUGUGCAGAAUCAUCAGAUGAAAUCUCACCAAUUUAUUCAUUAUGGGCCACUUUUAUUGGCAUCUACAUUGCUAAUUAUGUUGUGGAACACUCAUCAGGAUGGGCUCUCUCCCACCCUUUAUCACCCAAGGAAUUUGAGAAGUUGAAGGAAAAGCAGAUGAAGCCAGAGUUUUUGGAAAUGGUUCCUUGGUAUUCAGGGACAUCUGCUGAUUUAUUCAAAACAGUGUUUGACCUAUUGGUUUCGGUUACUUUAUUUGUGGGGCGUUUUGAUAUGCGUAUGUUGCAGGCGGCUAUGACCAAAGACCAAGAUGGAGCUAAACAAGAGGAUCUUUUGUAUGAUCAGUUUAGUGAAAAAGAUGACUUUUGGUUUGAUUUUAUGGCUGAUACUGGUGAUGGUGGCAAUUCAUCAUACACAGUGGCACGGCUUCUUGCUCAACCUGUGAUCCGUGCCCAAAAUAAUGGCUCUAUGCUUACUUUGCCUCGUGGGAAUCUGCUUCUCAUAGGCGGCGAUCUUGCGUAUCCUAACCCAUCAUCGUUUACAUACGAGAGACGCUUAUUUUGCCCCUUUGAGUAUGCUCUUCAGCCACCAACAUGGUAUAAGGAAGAGCACAUUGCUGUAAACAAGCCAGAGUUACCUUCUGGGGUUGCUGAUUUGAAGCACUAUGAAGGACCUCAGUGUUUUCUUAUACCUGGAAAUCAUGAUUGGUUUGACGGGCUUCAGACAUUCAUGAGGUACAUUUGUCACAAAAAUUGGUUGGGUGGCUGGUUCAUGCCUCAAAAGAGAAGCUAUUUUGCCCUGCAGCUGCCAAAACGGUGGUGGGUAUUUGGUCUUGACCUCGCUCUCCAUUGUGAUAUUGAUAUAUACCAAUUCAAGUUCUUCUCAGAAUUAAUAAGGGAUAAGAUGUUAGAGAACGAUUCUGUGAUCAUUAUGACUCACGAACCUAAUUGGCUUCUCGAUUGGUAUUGGAGCGAUGAGACUGGGAAGAACGUUUCUUACUUAAUACGUGACCAUUUAAAAGGGAGGUGUAAACUUCGAAUUGCUGGAGACUUGCAUCAUUAUAUGCGCCAUUCAUAUGUUCCAUCGGAUAGGCCAGCUUAUGUGCAACAUUUACUUGUUAACGGUUGUGGUGGAGCGUUUCUACACCCUACACACGUCUUCCGUAAUUUCGGUGAACUAUAUGGGACGACCUAUGAGAGUAAAGCUUCUUACCCAUCGUUCGAGGAUUCAAGCAGAAUCGCAUUAGGGAACAUAUUGAAGUUCCGAAAGAAGAAUUGGCAAUUUGAUAUUAUUGGUGGCUUCAUAUAUUUUGUCUUAGCAUUCUCUAUGUUCCCUCAGUGCCAUUUGGACCACCUGUUAAAGGACGAUACCUUUUCUGGUCACUUGAGUAGCUUCUUUACUACGGUGUGGGAUUCCUUUAUAGAUCUGUUUGGUCGCUCGUAUGUAUCCUCGGCUGGUGCCAUGUUACUGUUAGUAGCUGCGGUAUGUUUUGUGCCAUCGAGGGUGUCUCGUAAAAAGAGAAUGAUAAUCGGGAUUGUUCACGUGUCUGCUCACUUGGCUGCAGCAUUGAUUCUCAUGCUCUUGUUGGAACUGGGCGUUGACACGUGCAUCAGGCAUGAUCUACUGGGUACAGCCGGCUAUCAUACUCUAUAUGAAUGGUAUCGAUCAGUGGAGAGUGAGCAUUUUCCAGACCCUACUGGCCUUAGAGAACGUAUAGAAAGAUGGACGUUUGGCCUUUAUCCAGCAUGCAUCAAGUAUCUCAUGUCUGCUUUUGAUGUACCCGAGGUAAUGGCGGUUUCAAGGAAUAGCAUCUGCAAGGACGGGAUGGAAUCGUUCUCCCGAGGGGGUGCUACAAUAUAUUAUGCAUCUGUUUUCCUUUAUUUCUGGGUUUUCUCAACUCCCGUGGUUUCUUUGAUUUUCGGAAGCUACCUGUACAUCUGCAUUAAUUGGCUUCACUUACACUUUGACGAAGCGUUUUCAUCUCUGCGCAUUGCUAACUACAAGUCAUUCACAAGGUUUCAUCUUAACAGCAAAGGUGAUCUUGAAGUUUUCACACUCGCUGUUGAUAAGGUCCCGAAAGAUUGGAAGCUCGACCCUUACUGGGAUUCAGAGCUAAAACAGCCACAGCAGUCAAGCUUCACGCGGAAGUUUCCUAGCAAAUGGAGAGCAGCUUCUUUAAAGCAGGAUCCUAUAAAUACAGUAAGGGUUGUUGAUCACUUCGUCAUUGAACAGACAGGAAAAUCAGAUUCAGCGACGGUUAAUGGAGAGCAGACAGGAAAAUCAGAUUCAGCGACGGUUAAUGAAGAGCAGACAGGAAGAUCAGAUUCAGAGACAGUUAAUGGAGAGCAGACAAGAAAAUCAAAUUCAGUGACGGUUAAUGGAGAGCAGACAGGAAAAUUGGAUUCAGAGACGGUUAAUGGAGAGCAGACAGGAAAAUUGGAUUCAGAGACGGUUAAUGGAGACCAGACAGGAAAGUCGGAUUCAGAGACGACGAUGAAUGGAACAACUAAUCAAUGACUGGCUUAGUAACUGGGUGAUAUAGGAUUUUGGUUUUGUACAAAUGUCGUAGCUGAUUCUUUAGAUGGCAAUUGAAGCAGCAAUGCUCCUUCAGUGCUUUCUGGAUUUGAUUCUAAUCGAGUUGUAGGGUCCUCUACGGUGUACUCUUUCACUUUGUAUCAAUGUUUUUGCACAUAAAUGCUUUCUAGGA